CAAAGGCGGGCCGUGCCCUGCGCCUCGGCCCGCCCGGCCCGGCCCCCCGGGACCUGCCGGAGCCCCGUGUGGGUGGGUUGUCCCUCCCUCGGCACGUGUUGGAGGCUCCCUGGCAGGACCUCUGAUUGCCUUGUCAAAUCCUGCAGCAUCGUGACUGACGCCUGCUUUGUGAUCUGUCGAGGAAAGGUGGUUAAGAUGCUGGCCUGGUCCGUACAAAAAUAAAAUGUUCCCAAUGGGAGUUGAUGCAGUCUUUGAAGUAGCUCUGAUUCUAGCUAAGCCGCAUUUCCUUAAACUUGGCGUUCAGCUGUACCUGAGAGAUCUGAAAUUGAGCUUUACGCAGCGGGCACAAAAUGCUUCUACACACCUGACUGCAGAGCCUGAGCUCGUGCACAACUGAAACACAUUCAUCCUUCCUCCUACUUUUCUUUAAAUGUUUUUGUACCAGUUAGCCUUUCACCUUUUACUCGUAACCACUUAAACAUUGUAUGCUGCUGAAUUUUAAGACUAAACACAAAUCAUAAUACUUUAAUUAUUUCCCUUUCUCUGUUUCUUUCUUGUAUAUGCUAUGAGUUCAUAGUCAGAACCAUUCACACUGCAAACCGUGGUGGAAUAGUAUAGUAAUAGAUUUGAAGGACUCAGAUACCAUUUAGAUAGAUGGCAAAGUCCCUUUUAUUGCUUUGUUGACCUAUCAAAAGAAAUCUGAGUCUACUAAAAGCUGACAGUGUAUUAGACUUCAAGACUGGUUCUGUGGUUGAAAUGUCCUGUAGGGUUUUCAGGUAUUUAUUUAUUCUUAAUUUUCUUUUAAUGGGACAGCUGGGGUGUACCUGCCAAUGCCAGCAAAUCUUUAUGUCCCUGUAUAAGAUUUAUUAUGCCAUCUUGGCAUAAUACAUAGCACAGACAGGUUAUAAUACAGGACCCUUUGCUCCUCGUGUAUGAUCAUAGAGAUUUCUACUGUUAUUCUGUGCCAUGUCCCUGCUUAAAUACACCAUUGUUUUUGACUUUCUGGAGAUGGAAAAUAAACAUGUUUUUUGCACAUCUGCAGGGUACUUGCAAGGCAGCAAUAGUAUUGCUUGCCCAGAGAGCCCUGCCUGACAGAAGGUGCCUUACACUUCUCAUGAGCAAGGAAUCUAUACAGCAAAUACCUUGAUUAAUACCUGCCUGAGCAAACUACCAAAAGAAGAAAAUGAAUGUGCAGACAAUCACUUUCUUUAUUGAGGGUGCAUUUCCAUGCUCCUUUUGUCUGGUGACAUGAAGUUUGGCAAAGUAGUGUAAAUACUUUUCAGAAAUGUUUAUUGGUGAAGUAAUUCUUCAUAAACAAACCUGGUUGAAAUUAUAAGAACAUGUCUUAAGACAUAAAUUUCCUAAGCCUGGAAUAUAGAGCAGUACACAGUCAUUAAGUACUUGCUGUGGUAAAGUUAAAGCCAAUGAAAGGAGGAUGCUUCCUAGCCAGUUAUCCAGGGGCAGUUUGGGCAAGUAGAAAAUAAGCAUUUGAUAGCUGUAGCUUCUUCAACAGGUAAAGAGUUUUGUUGGGAAGUGGUGAGGUGUUCAUGACUUGUUAGCUCAGGUAGGAAAGUAGCUUAUUUUCAUUUAAGAGCAGCAAGAGACCCCUUUUCUUUUUUUUGUUUUUAAAUAAUUGCAUAAGAAGAGCUUUCAGAUACAAAUUUUUGAAUGGUAACCAAAAGUCAGUUUGCUCACUGGAGUAACCCAAGUUUCUAGUGGAUUUAAUGCAUUGAAACUUUCACUUUCUUUAGUGAAAACAGUUCAGAUAGCGUUGUCCUGCAUUCCUAAAGGAGCUCCUUUUCCACUCAAAGCUGAACUCAACUAUUCAUUUUUAGAUUUGUCAUGUGAAUGCCAAAAUGUUGUAACACAUGUGAGAUAUCUACUUGAGUGCAUACUUCCAUCUGCUACUUGUUUCAAUUGGCACACCUCCUUGUUUAUUUGCCAUGUUAGUUAGCCUUUUUGUGUGAAUUAAAGCAACAAAGCAAAGCCCCAAGAAGUGGCAGUAAAUGUCCCCUUAGAGUUGGAAAGUCAACUUGAGUCUCAAAAUGCUCUGCUUGAAAGAGCUCUUGGAUUGCUUCAGAGUGGUCCAGCUGGUGAAUCUGAGCUAAACUUGUGUGGGCAGCGCUUCUUCCAGCCAGAUUCCUCAUCCCAGGCAGAGCCUGGAGUGCCUCUUCCAGGACCAAAUGUGUCCCCAGGAGCUGAAGGCCACCAGCCUGCUUGCAGUCCAGAAACCCAGCACUGCUGUGGUCACUGCUUCUGCAGUGGGAGCAACAGGAGGGGAGGCAGCAGCUGCUGCUUCUGACAGCUUUCACAAAUGCUCACUUACGGUGCAUGGUGGUUUCUGAAUGCCUGAUAAAAAGCAGCGUUGGACAUGUGGGAGCUACACAGAUGGCCAGAUCUUUGCUUUGGAUCUACAAAAUGUACUCUUAAAAAUUGUCUCAGAUUAGGCAACCAAAGCAAGUCUUCUUUUUGGAUGUUUGAUCUUUUUCCUCGUCUCCAAACUGAACAGCUUAUAUGAAUCCCAUAGCUAUGGCCAGGGCACGAGGUCCUGCCCCAAAUUCAGGACCAACAAUACAGGACUACUUGAACAGGCCAAGACCAACAUGGGAAGAAGUGAAAGAGCAACUAGAAAAGAAAAAGAAAGGAUCCAGGGCUUUGGCUGAGUUUGAAGAAAAGAUGAAUGAGAAUUGGAGGAAAGAGCUGGAAAAACACAGGGAGAAAUUACUGGGUGGAAAUGAGAGCUCCUCCAAAAAAAAAGAGAAAAAGAAAAAAGAAAAGAAGAAAUCUAAUAGGUUGUCUUCAUCUUCCUCUUCUUCAUCAAGCUCUGAUUCUUCCAGCAGUUCAUCUGAUUCAGAAGAUGAGGAUAAAAAGCAAGGGAAGAAAAGAAGGAAGAAGAAGUAUCGCUCCUCACGGAAAUCUUCAGCAAGCACAACUUCAGAGUCUGAGUCAGACAGCAAGGAUAGCACAAAAAAGAAGAGGUCAAAGGAGGACUGUGAAAAAGAGAAGGAAGGUAAAAAUCACCACAGGAAAAGGAAGAAAGCAGAUCGUGGUGAUGGACCUUUAUCGUCAGAAUCUGUGUCUGAAUCGGAUCAGACAGAAGAGGUGCAAGCAAAAAAGAAGAAAAGCAAUGAGGAAAAAGAGAAAACUGAUAAAACAAAAAAGAGAAAGAAGCACAAGAAACAUGGUAAAAAGAAGAAAAAGAAGACUGCUGGUUCAAAUUCAGAUUCAGAAUAAUAUUUUAAAACAACCGGAGACUAUCAACAGAAGUGCAAUGACUAAAGGAAACUUAAACUGUGAAAUGACAGCAAACUUUACCAAACUGCAUGAGUUUUCCUGUGUUUUAGAAAUGUUCCUAAUCUUUCAGUAGCCAGCCAGAUGCAGCUGUGCUGGGAAAGGCCGUUGUUAUUGCCUGCUGCUUAAUACACGAGGUACAACUUUGAUAAGAUUCCAGUAAGCAGUGUUAGAUGUUUGAGACAAUAUGAGAUGGUAGGCCACCUGAGGUGUAAAAUAUUGGAAAAUAAGAGUUAAACCUUUUAGAUAGUAAAAAUAGUCUUUUAAAGCAUUAGUAAAAGUCUUUAUUUGUAAAUCAGGACAAAUUAAAUCCCAAGUUCAUCCUGCAGGUUAACAUUAUGCAUAAACUACAAGCUGGUGUCUGCUAAUGGAAAAUUAAUGAUAACAUUUAAAAGGCUGCCUUUGUAGAAAUGUGUAUCAUCUGCCCCAUUACCGUCUCCAUGCUUAUGAGAAAGGGAAUGCUACCAUUUUGGCUACCUGAAUAGGGUGCCUUUUGCCUUUGAUUCUCGCAAAUCUUUGCUACUUUUAAUCCAUGCAUCUCUGCAUUCCUGGGAAGCUAGAGCUAUUGCCAGCAGACUUUUCUGAAUGAGCAGUUUUGAGCUUCCAAGCAUGUGCUUCUGCAUUAAGCAAGAGCAAUGACAUUUUGCAGUAUAACUGACAGUCAAAACCUGAAGAUUUUACCUCUGCUUUUUCAAAAUAGUGAUAGACCUUUGCUAGUAAAUAUGCGCAUUUCAUUUAAUGUAAUUUUGGUUUAAUUGAAAACUUCUUGCAAACACUGGUAGCUUUCUUUGCAUUAUCUUUAGAAUUGUUUUGCAUGAUUUGUACCAUUUUUAAAUUAACAAAAUGCAGGUUAUCAUUUGUUGUAACCAGUUCUAUGAAUUACGUUUCACAUGAAGAUUUUCAUGUAUGUAUUUAGUUAUAGUUAAGUUCAUUGCUGUGUUUAAGUGCACACUUGCUGAAGUUAUUUAGCAUGUAAAAAGCAAGGUUUUGAUACCUUAACAGCUUCAUAUUGAAGCUGAUUUUACUCUGAGCAAGUUCAGUGGCAGAUCUGUUAUGUGAUGUGUCUUGUUAGAUAAAAAAACUACUGCCAGAAUCUCAUUAAAGAUACUGUUUAAACAGUUUGUAUUUAUAUUUUUGUACUUGAGGGCUACAGAAUGUUGACCUAACUCAUAAAGCUGUUUUACUUUAGUUUAGUUGCUUUAGAUAACUGAAAAAAAAGCUUUUUUUAAUUAAAUGUGCCCACAAGAAAACAUGAGCAACCAUUUGAUUUUAGUUUACAUUAAAUUCUCACUACAUCUUCCAUUGAAAUACUGAUUGCUGGACCUUCUGUUAGCCUUUAACAAAUGCCCAUCCAUCCCAGGUAGUCAAAUAUAGAUUGUAUUUUUGAUCUACCCCUUUUUUCCAUUGCACAGGUGCUAACUUAGAACUUACCUCUAUUGCAUACGGAUGUUUCAAAUGUUGUGUUGCCAAGAAUUUCAGGACUUUCAAGACAUUGAUUAUUAGUCUGCAAACCAUAACUAAAAUCUGUGGGAGAAAGGUAAUUUCAUAUUGCCAUUGUAAAGAGAAAUUGUCUUCAAGUUCUUGGGAGAAUACAACCAUUGAGUUGCAGCAAUGUGCAUCUAAACAAUAGUAAUAUUUUCAUCAACUAUUUUAUACUCUUGGGCUUGAUGUUACCAAUUCUAGACACUCUUGUCAGUGAGGUUAAAAUAAAGGUGAUAUGCAGUGAACAGAGGGGUUUGAUUUGGGGUUUGUGUUAAGUUUUGUUGGGGUUGUUUUCUUUUUAAGUUGUGGUGUUGCAGUUUUGGUAAAAGAACCUGUAAUGAACCAUAGCAUAAAUGCUCUGUCCUAUGUGAUAUCUUAUUUGACUUUUACUCAACCACCUGCCACAGAAAGAAAUAAAAAUGGAAAUGAGA